AUGAACAUUCAAUUCUUGUAUGAAAAUGGGAAAGGUUCUGUCGUCGACGAGUAUGGCAGGGCUGAACCGAUGGAUUAUAUUGUUGAUGAGGAGCAGUUUCGUCUUAAAACAUUGAGUUCUCAUACACAAUACUUAGCUCAACUACCUCUGGAGAACGAGAAAACGGUAGAGGCAAUGCAAGUGGAAAAGGAGGUAAAGCCUGGCAGUGAUCUUGUUAUGGGGGAAACAUCUAUGAAGCGAAAUUAUACACGCUAUUCUGAUCAGGAUAAAGUGAGGUUCUUUGAGCUGUUGUUUGAGAAAUGUCUGAGCGCGGCUGCUGCUGUAAAACAGCUUUGGAUUCACGUUCGUACAGCGCAAAAAUGGGCUGAACAGUACGAGAGGGAUCCUGAUAAUAUCUUUGAGAAAGGGAGAAAGACUGGUCGUUCACGCAUUCUCAAUGAGGAGCGCAAAAAAGUUAUUCUUGAGUGUAUUGAUGCGAACCCUUCAGUCGUCUUGGACGACCUGAUGAAGCACUUACGACAAGUAUUCACAGAAUUAAAAGUAUCCAAAAGUACCUUGUUUGAUUUUGUAAAAAAGCACUGCAUCUUGUCUCUCAAAAAAGCUCGUUUUCAACCUAUAGAUCGGAACAGCGAGGAAAAGAUUCAAGAACGCCUGGAUUGGAUUCAUAAAUGGGAAAAAACAGACAUGGAUUUUACGACCAACUGUGUCAUCCUUGAUGAAUCUGCAUUUCAUAUUAAUUUGAAACGUAGUAUGGCAUGGUCAAAGAAAGGCUCCCCUGCAGUGGUCACAGUUCCCAAAACACGAGCAAAAACAACAACCAUUUUAGGUGCAAUUUCUGCCCAAGGUCUGAUUAAAUGUAGCCUCAGGCUUCCUCGGCCUCCAUCCAAUAAAAAGAGAAAGCAAGGAGAAAACGUUGUGCGUGUGAGCAAAGGGACAGUUACGGGACACUAUGUUAGAUUGCGGUUGCGCCGUGAAUAUAGCACCGAGUUGCGUUUGGCACCAUUUACUAUAGGCUUUCUAAAUCGGCCCAUUAUCACCAUAUACAACCUUUUGCUGAUGGAAUGGCAUGUCGACGAGCUUGUUCAUCCCAUAACUGCCGAGCCGAAUAUCCGUACUAUCCGUAGUAUCCGUAGUAUCCGUAGUAUCUGUAGUAUCCGUAGUAUCCGUGCUAUUCGUAGUAUCCGUAGUAUCCGUGCUAUUCGUAGUAUCCGUAGUAUCCGUGCUAUCCGUAGUAUCCGUAGUAUCCGUAGUAUCCGUAGUAUCCGUAGUAUCCGUAGUAUCCGUAGUAUCCGUAGUAUCUGUAGUAUCCGUAGUAUCCGUGCUAUUCGUAGUAUCCGUAGUAUCCGUGCUAUUCGUAGUAUCCGUAGUAUCCGUGCUAUCCGUAGUAUCCGUAGUAUCCGUAGUAUCCGUAGUAUCCGUAGUAUCCGUAGUAUCCGUAGUAUCCGUAGUAUCCGUAGUAUCUGUAGUAUCCGUAGUAUCCGUGCUAUUCGUAGUAUCCGUAGUAUCCGUGCUAUUCGUAGUAUCCGUAGUAUCCGUAGUAUCCGUAGUAUCCGUGCUAUUCGUAGUAUCCGUAGUAUCCGUGCUAUCUGUAGUAUCCGUAGUAUCCGUAGUAUCCGUAGUAUCCGUAGUAUCCGUAGUAUCCGUAGUAUCCGUAGUAUCCGUGCUAUCCGUGCUAUCCGUGCUAUCCGUGCCAUGUUCCCAUAUGAAACAGAAAUGUAUGACAAGAUAUGGUUUCAGUGGAGUGUCUAA